AUGGGCCGAACCCUCACCUACCCCAAACUCCCCUUCAACACAGUCAACCGGCACAACGACCGAGCAACCUACGACCUCCGCACAAUCCACUCCAUAAUCAACACCACCCAGGUCCUCCACGUCUCCUUCAACACCGGCUCCAUCAACAAUGACAACCCUUUCCCCGCAAUCCUCCCCAUGAUCGGCGCAAUGGGUUCCUUCGAGUAUCCCUCUGCCGAUAUCAACGAGCCGAUGGAUUGUUACUUGCAUGGGUAUGUUAGUUCGCGGGUUAUGAAUCUUGCGCGGGCUGCAUCUGCAUCUGCAUCUACCCUCCCAUCUGCAGUAUCAACAGAAACAGCUGCAACAGCAACGGCAACAGAUAAAGGCCUCCCGGUCUGCAUAGCCGCCAGCAAACUCGACGGGCUCAUCCUCUCCCUAACCCCCAACAGCCACAGCUACAACUACCGCUCCGCCAUUCUCCACGGGCACGCAAGCCUCGUCACCGACGAAGCAGAGAAACUCUACGCCAUGCGGCUCAUGACCGACUCCGUCGUGACCGGACGAUGGGCUGCAACGAGGGUUCCACCCGACGGGGCGGAGAUGGCGUCGACGGCUGUGUUGAGGGUGAGGGUCGUUGGAGGCAGUGGGAAGAUCCGCGACGGGGGCGUGUCGGAUGAGAGGAAGGAUAGUGCGGAUGAGAGUGUUACGGGGAGGGUGUGGACGGGGGUUGUGCCUGUUUGGGAGACGUUUGGGGAGCCCGUUCGCGAUGGGGAUGGGAGGGUCGGUGAGGUGCCCGGGUAUUUGGCGGAGUUUGUGGAGGGGAGGAAUGCGGAGAAUAGGGCUUAUGCUGAGGGGGCGGUGUAUGCGUCUGAGCAGAAGGAUUAG